CACUGUUUGACCUACAAAACCAGAGCGCAUUUCGUUCGAGAUUUAUAUUCAUUUGGACUAGUCCUAAGCCUAUAAAUUCAGAGCGACUAGUUUUCGCUGAGAUACAGAUACUUUAUUUUGCCACUGGUAAAACUAAGUUAUUAAGAAAUGUCAGAAGUAAACGAAAGUGAAUGUGAAGAAUUCUUGAACAUUAUUAAGUUGUCUUUGGAGGAAGAUAAAAGUCAUGUUCAUGUUGUUGUGAUCAUCGGAGCCUCUGGUGACUUGGCAAAGAAAAAGACUUAUCCGACUUUAUGGUGGUUGUUCCGUGAUGGUCUUCUUCCCCCUCGGACUUACUUUGUUGGGUUUGCACGGUCUGAUAUUGGUACCCAGGACAUAAGAGCAGAAAGUGAAAAAUUUGCCAAGCUCUCAUCAUCUCCAUGUCAAAAAUAUGAAGAAUUUUGGGACUGUAAUUUUUACUUGAGAGGAGAUUAUACGAAUCCAAAAACAUUUGAAUUACUAAAUAAGUUUAUAGAGUCCAAGUGGGAACAAUCUGUUAAUCGCAUAUUUUAUUAUGCUAUACCACCAUCAGUUUAUAAACCUGUUUCAUCAUCUAUCAAAGAAUAUUGUACUAACAAAAACCCUGAUACGUGGACUCGAUUGAUCAUUGAAAAACCGUUUGGACGAGAUUUAGAGUCAUUUAAUGAAUUGAAUUCUGAAUUAACUAAACUGUUUACAGAAGAACAGAUUUAUCGAAUCGACCAUUAUUUGGGCAAAGAAAUGGUUCAAAAUCUACUAAUUUUACGAUUCUGUAAUCAAGUCUUCAGUCCACUGUGGAAUCGUGAAAAUAUUGAUAAUAUUACAAUAUCAUUUAAAGAACCAUUCGGAACCGAAGGACGUGGUGGGUAUUUUGAUCAAUUCGGAAUUAUUCGUGAUGUUGUUCAGAAUCAUCUUAUUCAAAUUCUUUCCUUGGUAGCAAUGGAAAAACCUAUUUCAGUUAAUGCAGAUGAUAUACGUGAUGAGAAGGUUCGUGUGCUUCGAAGCAUUGAACCUCUAACAAUAGACGACAUUGUAAUUGGACAAUACGUUGCAGAUCCGAAUGCAACAAAUCCACCUGCUUCGUUGUCUUACACGGAUGAUCCAUCAGUUCCUAAAGAUUCCAUAACACCUACUUAUGUAUGUGCUGUGUUAUAUGUGAGAAAUGAUCGUUGGAAGGGUGUUCCAUUCAUUCUCCGGGCAGGGAAAGCACUAAAUGAACGUAAAGCAGAAGUCAGAGUUCAGUUUAAAGAACCUCAUAUUCAUCUUUUCGGUUCAAAAGAAGGUCUACCACGUAAUGAAUUAGUUAUACGUGUACAACCGGACGAAGCAGUUUAUAUUAAAUUGAAUGUGAAAUCUCCUGGUAUGAAAUUUCAAACAGAAGAAACUGAAUUAGACUUAACUUAUGCUCAGCGAUAUAAAGCCAUCAAACUACCCGACGCUUACGAACGAUUGAUUCUCGAUGUAUUCUGUGGAGUUCAGACAAAUUUUGUACGUUCUGAUGAACUACGCGAAGCUUGGCGUAUUUUAACACCGGUAUUAAAAUACUUGGAAGAAAAUAAAAUCAGUCCAUAUCCAUACAUUUAUGGGAGUCGUAAUGGCCCGAAAGAAGCAGAUAUUUUGUGUAAAAAAGCAGGUUUUCAAUACUCUGGUACAUAUGUUUGGAAAUCAGGUUAAAAAAUAUUCAUUCCGUCAAUUUGCGAUAACUCAAUCAAUUAUAUAAAAGAUCCACAUGUUUUAACUUAUUUGAAUGCCUUAGUAAUUAUGAACAGAACAUUCGACUAAUUUGUUUCUUUACAGCCAAUUUGUUUUAAGAUUUUAUUGUAAUAGCACUUUUGUAAUAAUAUUGUCACAACAAACCAUAUACAAAUAUAUAAAUCUGAUUAAUAUAUAUAACUCGAAUACAAUGGUAGUUGGUGUUGUUCGGUUAGUUUUAUAAUGCUUAUUGUUUUGGCCCAAUAAACAGCACUUUCAGUCAUUAUUGUA